AUGCAUGUGAAGGAAACUGAUAGGAAUACCAUCCUUAAGCAUGAUAGUUUCCACCCACAAGCACUCCGAAAUGGUCUCACUUACUGGCAGAUGCUGCGAGUGAGGAGAAUUACUAGUGACCCAGUAGAAACUGUACAUGCCAUGACUGAGAUGGUGAAUAAGCUUGCGGAGAGGGGGUACCCCCGCAUAGAAUUGGAGAAGACUAGGGACAGAGUGUUAGCUAUUCCCAGAGAUGAGGCACUCAGAACUACUAGAGAAACAUCCUCUGAAUCUCCUUUUGUGCCUUGGGUUACAGAUACUGAGUAUUCUAUCAGGAAUGAGUUUCCUGACCAAAGUGAGUGCUCACUAUCCUUGCCUUAUAAUUCUGUAGAACUUGAAGAACAAAUCAAACCAGCCUUCAAUAUCAAAGACAUCAUGUGGGAGAAAACAAAAAAAUGCUGUACCAGUAGCCCAAGAAAGUUUGUCAGAUAUUGCUUUGAACUCUUCCCAGUGUUAACCUGGCUUCCUCAAUACAAGAUUAAAGAAUACCUUUUAGGUGACAUUGUAUCUGGGAUCAUAGUUGGCAUUGUGACUAUUCCUCAGGCAAUAGCUUACUCACUCUUAGCAAGUCAAGCCCCUAUUUAUGGCCUAUACACCAAUUUCUUCUGCUGCAUCAUCUACUUCUUCAUGGCAUCAUCUCAUCAUAACUGUGUUGGUACAUUUGGGGUGCUGUGUCUCAUGGUUGGAGAGUCUGUAAACAAGCAUUUAAAAGCUGCAGGUUUCACUGAAUAUGGCGAUGAAGUAUUAAACUCAACACUAACUUCUAAUAGCACUGUGUGUGGGAGAAGCUGCUAUGCUAUCAUGCUGGCCACAUCUUUAACCUUCAUGGUUGGUGUUUACCAGGUCCUUAUGGGAAUAUUCCACUUAGGUUUUAUCUCAGUGUAUUUAUCAGAACCCUUGCUGAGCGGUUUUGUUACUGGGUCUUCGCUCACCAUCAUAACGUCUCAGAUGAAAUACCUUCUCGGUUUGAAGAUUCCUCGCAGUGAUGGUGCAGGCUCCCUGAUUACUACUUGGAUUGAUAUUUUCACAAAUUUACAAGACACUAAUAUAUGUGAUUUUAUAGCCAGUGCUGUUACGAUAGCUGUCAUGGUACCAGUCAAAAUUAUUAAUGACAGAUUCAAAAGUAAAAUGAAGGUUCCAUUUCCAGUAGAAAUUUUUGUUAUCAUUGUUGCCACAUUGGUUUCCCAUUACUAUGAUUUUAAUCGCAAAUAUAAAUCAUCAAUUUGUGGCUCAAUUCCUACUGGAUUUAUGUCUCCAAGGGCACCAGAGUGGAGUAUGAUUCCCAGUAUUGCAACUGAUGCAAUCCCAAUUGCAAUAAUUGGGUUUGCGAUGACAGUAUCCCUUGCUGAGAUUUUUGCCAAAAAGCACGGGUACACAGUCAGUAUCAAUCAGGAGAUGAUCGCUAUUGGCAUGUGCAACGUGAUACCAUCUUUCUUUUACUCUUUCGCAAGCUGUGCUGCUCUUGCCAAAACUUUGCUUAAGGAGUCCACAGGCGCCAAUACACAGCUUAAUGGAAUUGUCUCCUCCCUAUUAUUGAUGAUAGUACUUCUUGCUCUUUCCCACCUUCUGUACUCACUGCAAAAUAGUAUUUUAGGAGUUAUCACAAUUGUUAGCCUUAAGGGUGCACUUGUUAAAUUUGCAGAUACACCAAAAAUGUGGCGGAUAAGCAGAAUUGACACAGUGGUCUGGUGGGUGAGCAUGUUAGCUUCUGCUUUGAUCUCAACUGAGAUUGGACUGUUGGUUGGUGUUUGCUUCUCUAUGCUCUGUGUGAUCUUUCGCACCCAGAGGCCAAGGGCCACCCUUUUAGGUAAUGUCAGUGGGACAGAGAUUUAUGAAGACCAAUUACAAUACAAAGAGUUAAACACUAUACCCAAUAUUAAAAUAUAUCGGUUUAAUGGUUCUCUUUACUAUGCCAACAAAGAUUAUUUCAUAGCAAGUCUGCAUAGCAAAACAGGUGUUAACCCAUCAAUCGUGUUGACAUUACAGAGAAAGGCCAAAAGAGAAGAGGUUACACCUGGGCAAACCAAUCACAGGUUUGGCUCAAAGCUGAAUGUUAUUAAAACAGUAUGUAAACCGCGCAAAUCGCUUGAUACAACCUUAUCAGCAAUCGAUGUGCACUCUUUAAUUAUUGAUUGUGGAGCUAUGCAGUUUGUAGAUAGUGCAGGUCUCAGCAUACUCAAAGAGGUCCGCAAUGACUAUGAAGAGAUUGGUGUAUGGGUGUUUCUUGCCAACUGCAAUCCCUCUGUUUGCCGGCUACUCCACAAUGGAGAUUUUUUUAGCGUCAUAAACAGCAGUGCUAGUGAGCAUGCAUUUCACAGUGUGCAUGAUGCAGUCACUUUCGCUGAGAGGAAGUUCCGAAAAAAGAUGACGACAGGGAUAAAUAAUGUUUCUAUUCCAACACCAGAUCACAAUGACACUGAUGAUGGACAAUAA